CGAGUUGGCAGCACUUCUUUUUUUUUCAGCGAAAUAAAUUAAGUUUCUCAAAGUUUUGUUCUCUUGCUAAUUGGAUUACAAAGCGAACAAAAAUGGCAUCAGCUAGCAGCAUAAAGCUUUACGGUGGUCGCAAUAUGGACUGCGUGGUGGAGCGAAUUGAGUGGAACAAUAAAAUGGAUCUCUUUGCCUUCGCUACGGAUAAGGGAGAGGUGGUUCUACAGCGGCUGAACUGGCAGAAGAUCGCCAGCUUUCCGCCGCCCGUCAAAAUUGCCAGAGUGCGUUCGCUCUGCUGGCAAUUGGACGACUCGCUGCUCGCCGUGGCCUACAGCCAUGGAAAGGUGGCCAUACUGUCUGUCAAGAGCGAGACAAUCAUUUCGAGACUAAGCUACGACGUAGACAUCAGGAAGGUCUACUUUACCAGGACCAUCGACUGCCAGGAAUCUGUGGAGGGACACACAUUCAAUACAUUCAAGGACAAGCACAAUGAAUUUCUGCCGAAGCCACGGCUGCUGAUCAGCAGGGACCCAGUGUUGACGGCGCGAGAAGAGAACCCCUUGCCCGAGGGUUCGCCCUACUUCAUGAUCGUUGUCCUGUGCAACGGAAAGUUCCAUCUGCUGCUGUUUGGUGCCGUGCAGGUGGCCAGCAUCGAGCUCACCCAGCACGUAGUGCACCCCGAAGAGUUUGCAGUCUACGAUGUGCAGCUCAGCGGGGACUUCAAUGCCAUUUACGCCCUGCUGCGCGAUGGCCAGCAGCUGAAGAUGCUCCACUUCCACAACCAGUUGCUGCAGGACUCCAUGGUGCCCAUACUGGGCGUGGCCAGGCUCUGUGCCCACAUACUAGAGACGAAAAAUUACAUAAGUUACACCCUGGGUUGGCUCAGAGCGGACCUAGAGACUGUCCAGCUGGAGAUGGACAACAAACUGGCAGCUUACGCCAGCUCCCAACCAUACGGAAGCACAUCCGCAAAUUUUCUGGAGCUGCAUAUCUUUGGCUUUGCCACCUUGGAAGUGGAGGAAUUUCUGACAAGCUCGGAGAAAGAAUUCAAGAAAAUGGCCAAAGGUGUGGAGGUUAGCCUCAGCGACAUGCAGGAGCUGGUGUUCACGGACCUCAAGGGAGGGGCCAUUAGGCUGUUUUACUUUCUCAAUGAGAUAGUCGGUCUGAGUCGCAUGCCCCAUUUCUACGAGUCGCUCGUCGUGGAGGAUGUGGCUGUGGAGGCGAUGCGUGCCUGCGGAUCCUUUUAUCUGAAGGCUUGCGAGCUGCAGCGGACAAUCGACACGCUGGUCAAGGAAAUGAAGCUCUUUUACACCUGGCUGACAUUCACCGUAAUGCGACUGUCGCAUCAGGAGAUACCCGAGAACAUGAUCCUCAGCGAGGCGGAGAACAGUGCUGUGGUUGAGCUCCUAAGCUCGAUGGAGCCGGAUGCAGAGGAUAGCAGCGAUGAGGAGGAGAAGGACCGCGCCCCUUCGCCGCCCAAGCGCAGCCUUUUCAAUCUGGAACGAGUAAGUCAGUAUCUGAAGAAUGCCUGCCUGACGCAGCUCUCGCCCGCGGACCCCGACCAGCUGUGGGAUCAGAUUGUAGCCGAGCAAAGCUUCAUGGGCGCGUCCAAUAUAUUCGCGCCACAUGACAAGAACCUGUCGCUGGUGCAGCAGCGCGAAAAGUUGUUCAAUGCCAUCGAUGGCCUCUGCCAGAGGCCCACGAAGAGCAUCAGCUCCAGCUUUGCGCUCAGCUCGUCCAUUAUUUGUAGCGAGUUUUCGGCUGUGGAGGAAACGCCUGAUCGGGAUUUUGUGACAAGCAGCUUCUAUGUCAACGAAGCUGCCAGAUGUGACAUGUGCGCCAUCGCCAUUAGCAGGGAGGAGGCCCUGAUCCUGCAGUUUAGCCGCGCGGACAAUUGUUUCCUGCGCUGCACAAGCAUUCACCUGAAGCCGGGCCUGUUCACCCAGCGCUUGCAGGAGGACUACAACAACCUCCGCUUCGUAGAUCUGCAGUUCUACAACGACUCCAUCCUCACCAUACUGACCCAGAGCACUUCCCCCGCGGAGGGUGCGCGUCCCCACAGCUGCUUCAUUCAGUUAUCGAUCGCUGAGGCGACGAAUCAGUGCACCCAGCACCAUCAAUCGAUGCACAUUAAACUGCCGGAUGCGACAGUAACGCGCAGCAUCUACGACAUUGCCGGCAUGGACGCCUUCAAGUGUUUGGAUGGAGUUUGUGAUACGCUCGCCGUCUCCGGCGGCCGCAGGGUGAUCACAGUUCUCUCCGACAGCAAUCGCAUGAUGACGGUCUUCGAAACGGAGGUCGAUGAGUCGGACGACCUGGACAUGUCCGAAAUAUCGUUGCAACAGAUCAGCGAGGAACCCAAUCCAUUCAUCCAUGACACUGAACAGCUGGACCCAGAGACUUGAUGUUAGCCAUGAAAACUUGACUUAAAAUUAAUUCAUUGGAGGAAGUACGAGAAAUAAUUGCUUCAGAGUAGUAAAGUUCUUGGAGCUGUUCUUGUUCAGUAACACUAAACGGAGAUGGGUCUAGCUGCAAGCAUAAAUUGCCUGCAGCAGGCACUCAUUCAGCCGGAACCAGACAAUGCUAAAAACCAAUAAAUAUAUUUUAUACG